AUUUGUUUAUUAUCACCAUUCUUUUUGCCUCGAUUUUCUAACCUCCCCUUACCCUCCCAGAUUUGAACGAGGAAGUCUCCUCAUUCCUUCCCCACUUAAUAAAAUUUCUCCCACUCCUCUUCUCCUCUCUCCUUAUUUGUACACAACUUUUCACCUAUUACCCUCCUCAAAACCUCUCUCUCUCUCUCUCUCUCUCUCUCUCUCUCUCAUUUGAAACUUUUUUAGUUGAAACCUCUUCAACUCUUUUCAUGGUUUUGAAAUUUGUACUCUUUUGAAGGGAAGAUUUUUCAUCAAGUUUUGAUUUUUAGUUAUUUAUGAGUAUGGCUCAGAAGUGCUUGAACGAGCUACUGAAAGAAGAUCAGGAACCCUUCGUUCUCAAGAACUACAUUUCUGACAGACGUUCCCAGCUGAAAAAGGCUCAACCCAGAAACCAUUUACAGGUCAAGAAACGAAGACCCAUCUCGGAAAACAGGAGCUUUCCCGGGAAAUUCUGCAAAAACGCUUGUUUUUUCUCUUUAAAUGACUCACCGGACCUGAGAAAGUCGCCACUUUUCGAAUUUCCAUCUCCGGCCAAAAGCCCAUGCAAAAACUCAAAUGCCAUUUUUCUCCAUAUCCCGGCGAGAACUGCGGCUCUGCUACUUGAUGCUGCUCUGAGGAUCCAAAAACAGUCAUCGUCGUCGUCGUCGUUAUCAUCUUCAAAGACCAAAACCCAGAAGCAAAAGAACGGCUUUGGCUUAUUUGGAUCGUUUUUGAAGAGACUAACGCAUCGGAACCGGUCGAACAGGACUCGAGAAAUCGAGGGAAAUGGGGUUAAGGUCAAAGCUUCGGUGAAGGACAUUCUUAGAAAGGUCACUGUGGAAGAGAAGAGAGUUAGUGAUACUCAUGAUGAUGAUGAUGAUGAUGAUGAUCAGGUCAUGACAGGUUGUGAGAAUAGCGGUUCUUGUCCAUGUACUGGUCGACCCAGUAGUGCUAUUUGGUCCGAGAGCAAUGAGGAAAAGUCUUUGGAUUUAGAGACCUCGAGUAGUACCAGUAGCCACUGCGAGGACUCGGAUGAAAUCGAUUUUCUGACCAAACUCAUGAGAGAAAGUAAUGGUGCCACUGAUUUUUCUUUCUGUGACCAUGAAAACGACUUCUGUCAAAGCCCAUUUCGUUUCGUUCUCACCCGAAGCCCUUCUACCGGUCACCGAACGCCGGAAUUUUCAUCCCCGGCGCCAUCUCCCUCCCGCCAUAAACAAGAGGAGAAAAAUAAAUGCGUGUCUGAAAACCAGGAGUUCCAAAGAGUAAAAGAUGAUGAAGAAGAAGAAGAGGAGAAAGAACAGUUUAGUCCUGUAUCAGUAUUGGACCCUCCAUUUGAAGAUGACUAUGAUGGUCAUGAGGAUGAUGAAGAUGAAGAUGUAGAUAAUGCUUUUGAUAUGGAAAGCAGCUAUGCUAGUGUACAGAGAACAAAGCUGCAGCUACUGCAAAAGCUUCGUAGAUUCGAGAAAUUGGCCGAGUUAGAUCCAAUUGAACUCGAGAAAAGAAUGUUAGAAGAAGAUGAUGAUGACAAUUAUGAUAUCAACAAUGAUGAAGAAGAAUGCGAAGAUGAUGAGUCGGAUGUUGAUGUUUUCGUUCGUGAAGUUCUUGGCAACUCGUGCCUUCAUCAAGUCCAACGAAUUCCGAGACACAUGAAGAGAUUAGUUUCUGAUAUCAUGUUGGAGGAAAGGAGAGAAGAAAACACCAGUGACUGCAGCGAAGAGGUGGUGAAAAGAGUGUGCAAGAGGUUCGAGUCAUGGAAAGAAGUGCAAUGUAACACCAUUGACAUGAUGGUAGAGCAAGAUUACAGCAGAGAGCUUCAAGGCUGGACCAAGAACAACAAAGAGCAAGUGGGAGAGACAGCAGUAGAGAUUGAGUAUGCUAUCUUUGGCUUACUAGUGGAAGAAUUGGCAGCUGAACUUGUUUGUUUAGAUGGAAAAUAACUGAGAAAGUUUUCAUUCCAAUGCUGUUUGGUACCACAGGAAAAUAAAUAAUUAGAAUUUUGGUUUAACAUCCUUCAAAUUUUUAUUUGUUUUUAGUCAAAAUAUAAAAUGGGGUAUAGUCUGACUUGUACUAUGAAGAAGAAAUAGACUGAAUAGGAACCUGGCCUUUGAGGGGAGUAAAGAAGGACCUUGGUUUAGAUAAGACGAUGGUAGCUUGUUAUGAUGAUAUGUAUAUGAAUGGAUGAGUAGUUGGCACUGGUGUAUGAAUGCAAUCCUUGCCCAAUUUUAGGCAUGA